GACAUCCAAACUCAUAUUGCCCAAUUGUAACCUGCAAAAUUUGUGAAGAAAAAGUAUAUAUCUCUAAGAAUUGUCCAAAUAAACCCAGUACUACUAAAGAAAUGAAAAACUAUUGGAAACAGGAAGAACCAGAAAAGCAACCACUAUUGUCACCAAGAAUUGAAAAAGGAUGGCAACUUACUUGCAAGCAUUGCUUCCAAGACUACUAUCAAGAAUACCUAUACUAUAAUCUUUUUGAACUGCCAAAACUCAUUAGAAAAAAUAAUCACUUCACACUAAAUGAUUUUGAAGUAAUCAACCCUGAUAAUGUAAAAAAACAUUAUGAUAAAAUAUUACUUUGCAAAACAUGCUACCAUAUCCAAUUUGAAGAACUAAAAAUUGAUGAUCCAAAAGUAGCAGGAUAUUAUAAAAAAGAAGAAAUCAAUAAACUAACCGAAUGCAACUUCUAUUGCAAACCAAUUAUAAAAAGACAAGGCUACCAACUCUGGAACACAAGACAAUAUAUGUGUUGCCUAGAAGAAAUGAUAGUAUUUAUGGUCUAUACAGAAAUAACUGACAGACCAAUAUACCAUACUCAUCAACGAAUAUACCAUAGAACAAGAUAUGGUAUGCACGCGAGUAAAAGUAUCAAUGAAUCAAAAAUUUAUAGGCUAAUUAACUUAAUAAAAGAAGAAGAA